UAAUUUCAUAAAAUGUUUUCUAUAUAUAUAAAUAACAUAUAUUUAAAUUUAUAGCAAAAACUAAUAAGUUUUUCAACUUAAAUGUCAUGCGUAGUAAACACGUCCUGUGUGUGUGAAAAUGGCGCUUUCUUGUGCAAUUUCUAAUGAAGUCCCGGAGCAUCCGGUUGUAUCUCCAGUAUCUGGUUCUAUAUUUGAAAAGAGAUUAAUUGAAAAAUAUUUAGCCGAAAAUGGAGUAGAUCCUAUAACUGGAAAGGAAUUAACUGCAGACCAACUUAUUGAUAUUAAAACCACUGCAAUAGUCAAACCUAAACCACCAAGUGCUACUUCAAUUCCAGCUAUAUUAAAAAUUUUACAAGAUGAAUGGGAUGCUGUUAUGUUACAUUCAUUUACACUUAGACAACAACUUCAAACAGCUAGACAGGAAUUAUCUCAUGCAUUAUAUCAACAUGAUGCAGCAUGUCGUGUAAUUGCUAGAUUAACAAAAGAAGUAACUGCUGCUAGAGAAGCUUUAGCUACUUUAAAACCUCAAGCAGGAAUUGUUCAGGCUACUACCAUUCCACAACCUGCACUUGCAGUGGAAGCUGGUGGUACAGCUGCUCAGCCUAUGGAGCAAGCUGGAAUUACUGAGGAUGUAAUACAAAAACUUCAGGAAAGAGCCACAGUACUCACACAGGAAAGAAAACGUCGUGGACGUUCAGUUCCUGAAGAUUUACUUCCACAAGAUAGUAUUCGUGCAUUUCAAACACUUGCAUCACAUCCUGGUCUCCAUUCAGCUAGUGUUCCUGGUAUACUUGCACUUGAUAUCCACAGUGCAGAUACUAGUAAAAUUUUAACAGGUGGUGCAGAUAAAAAUGCCACAGUAUUUAAUAAAGAUACAGAACAAGUUGUUGCAAUAUUAAAAGGACAUACUAAAAAGGUUACUAGAGUAAUUUAUCAUCCAGAAGAAGAUAUAGUAAUGACUGCAUCACCUGAUACUACAAUACGUAUAUGGAAUGUAGGAACUAGUCAAACAACAUUGCUAUUGAAAGCUCAUGAUGCUCCUGUGACUGGACUAUCUUUACAUCCAACAGGGGAUUAUUUAUUAAGUUCAUCUUUAGAUCAACAUUGGGCAUUUUCAGAUAUACGUACUGGUAGAUUAUUAACUAAGGUUGCUGGACAAGUCAGUCAACCUUUAACCACAGCGCAAUUUCAUCCUGAUGGAUUGAUCUUUGGCACUGGUACUCAAGACUCUCAAGUGAAGAUUUGGGACUUAAAGGAACAAUCAAAUGUAGCUAAUUUCCCAGGUCAUUCAGGUCCUAUCACAGCAAUUAGUUUUUCUGAAAAUGGUUAUUAUUUAGCUACUGCUGCAGAAGAUUUUUGUGUGAAACUUUGGGAUUUGCGUAAAUUGAAAAAUUUCAAAACUCUUCAAUUAGAGGAAUCAUAUGAAGUUAAAGAUAUUUGCUUUGAUCAAAGUGGAACAUAUCUGGCAGUAGCUGGAACAGAUGUAAGAGUGUAUUUGUGUAAGCAGUGGCAAGAACUGAAAGUGCUUAAUGAUCAUACAGCAGCCGCAACUGGUGUUCGUUUCGGAAAACAUGCACAAUAUAUAGCAUCGACUAGUAUGGAUAGAACUUUAAAACUUUAUGGAUUACCUUAAAUAAUUAGUAAUAAAAAUAUAUUAAUUUAAGAACAAAUUAAAUUAGAAUUUGUAGUAUAAGUUUAUUAUGAAAGUAAUGACAAAUGGUUUUAAGAAAGAUCAUUUGAUUUAUAUUUAAGAAUUACUAUGAAUUCUUUAAAAGAAUUUUAAAUAUAAGACACUUCAUAACAAUAAAUUUGA